AUGGAGCAAGCAGUGAUUGAAGAACUACAAAACCUCUACCUUACCAAAGAGGAAGAAGAGGAAAUACAAAUAACAGUACAAAGCCGGGAUGAUCUUUUAGAAGAGUGUUCAUUAAGUUUGUUUGGUAGGCUUCUUUCAGAGAGGCAGCAAAAUGUAAGAGCUCUGAAAAGCACUCUAAGAGCUGCAUGGAAAAUGGGGUCAGAGCUGAGAAUAGUUGAGGUAGGAAGCAACAUUUUACAAUUCAAAUUUAGCUCCAGUUAUCAAAGAGAUUGGGUAGAAAAUAGUGGGCCAUGGAACUUUGAGAAUAAUCUGCUUCUCUUGUGUAGAUGGAGAAAAGGCCUCACUGUAAAAAAUAUAGUCUUCACUCACUCCCCUUUUUGGGUCCAGCUGUGGGGAUUGCCAUUUGAGCUUAUGUCAGAGGAGGUUGGGCAAGAUAUUGGAAGAAGUUUGGGAUGCCUUAUUGAAGUAGAUAAACGGGCAUGCCAACUGGACCAGGCAAAGUUCAUGCGCAUCAGAGUAGAUGUUCCAAUAGAUAAGCCUCUCGUAGAGGCGGAAAUGUUGUAA